ACAGAAAGGCACGCAUUGUGGUUUUCAGCAGCAUACCAGCACAGACCCGUGGCAGAGUGAUCGGCUGUAGACCACAGAGACUGGGAAUAAACCCACUUACUGGAGUGACAACAAGGACUGUGCAGGAUUUAAGUCUCCUUCCUUGAUCUUUCUUUUCUUAUUUAUUCUAAUCUGCUGUCCUUUUCUUUCACUCACAACCCCUCCUCCUCCUUUUUUCGGGGUUGCUGUUGCUACUGUCAGCAGGAGAAUAUUUUCAUUUCCUUUUCAGAGCAUAAUAGGAGCUGCUCCUGUGUCUCUCCAUUAUUAAUCUACCCUAAAACCUCACUGCUUGUAUUCGAAGAGGUUAAGCUGAGAAGGACGUCAGAUAGGAAGACGGCUGCCACUGGUGAAGGCCAUCAUCAACCAGUGGGGAAAAUGGGGCACCAGACUGACAUUUUUAAGAACAGGACAUCCCUCCAAAAUUGAUGAAAAGGACAAACGAAAAGGAGCUGCAGGAAUAUUUGACACUUUCCCAGCUAGCAGCCAGUCUGCCCUAUAAGAUUGAAGGUGGGCAUCGAGGCAGACUGAUGCUUAUCCAGUUCUGAGGUGGGAACCACUGUCACACAUAGGCAGACCGUAGCUAUGUGGCUCAUUGCUGGGACUGCAAUAAGGCACUGCAGAGGAACCACUCAAAACAGCUUGUCAGUGCACUGUGUGCUCUACCUUCUGCUUCUGCACCUUCAGUUGUGCUCCAGUUGCCCAUCCAUUUGUGUGUGCAGUUCCACUGAAGCAGACUGUGGUGGGCAUGACUUGAUUGCACUGCCUGCCCUUUCCCUGCUACCUUCAACUAUUCAGACCCUGCUCCUGCCCAACAACCACCUCACAACCUUGCCUGCUUCAGCCUUUGCCAACCUUAGCUCACUGGUGAGGCUUGACCUAUCCAAUAACUACCUGGAUAACCUGCCAGCUCAUGUGUUUGCUGAGCUGGCCAACCUGACUGACCUAAGUCUGAGGAACAACAGCCUAACAGCACUGGACCGUGACCUCCUGCAGGGCCUGGGAAGCCUUCAGCGGUUAGAUGUGUCACUGAAUGGCCUGGGUACUGUGCCUCUUGGUCUGUUAGAAAAUCAGCAUGGCCUGACCUGGCUCUCUCUGGCAGGGAACAGACUCCAGGCACUAAAUAGGGCUGCUUUUGAACCACUUGAGAACUUGCAGCACCUUGAGCUUGGCUCCAACCCAUGGGAAUGUGACUGCAAUUUGCGUGACUUCAAGAACUGGAUGGAGUGGCUCAUCUACCGAGGUGGCUAUGUAGAUGCUGUGGAUUGCACCCUCCCCAAAGAUCUCAGAGGGCGCGACAUCCGGACUGUUCCUGUAGAGAUGUUCAACUACUGCCUCCAAUUGGAUAGUGAGAAUGGGGGUGGGGCUGGAGGAACAAAAAGUGGUUCUGUCCCGUGUGCACGUGCAACCACUGCUCCAUUGCCUGAGAUUGCUGUGGUACAGAGUGAGUCAGAGCCAGUGGAUUGUGCUAAGCAACGUUACCGGCCUGUAAGCGUCCGUCGUGCCAUUGGCACAGUGGUGAUUGCUGGUGUUGUUUGUGGUAUUGUGUGCAUCAUGAUGGUUGCUGCAGCUGCCUAUGGAUGCAUCUAUGCUUCCCUUAUGGCCAAGUACCAGCGUGAGCUGAAGAAAAGGCAGCCAUUGAUGGGGGAUGCUGAGGCUGAAGCUGACCCUGAAGAGAAACAGAUUUCAUCAGUUGCAUAGAAAUAAUAUAGAUUCUAUAUACUCUAAUGUGAUGACAAUGGUCUCUUUGCAUUUCUGCUUCCACACCUAGUUUUUAAAUGUGUGUGCACUGUUAUGUACUAUUUGGGUGUUUUCACAUAUAGUUAUUUUUAAAUAAACCAUACACAGUCCUCUUAGUGGUCCUAGAUGAUAGGUCUAAAAGGGAACUAGCUGCAAAUUACCUCAGUACUUUUGGUGUUCACAAUACAAGUGGACUUAAAAGUCAACUCAGAACACUUGUUCAGACCACAACUUUUUUAGAACUCAGACCCCAUGGAUAAUGUAAUUAAAAAUGGGUAAUUUAUGUGAUGCAAUCAUUUAGCUGUGGAUGAAAAAUACCAGAAGUGUCUAGGGAUCAAGAAAUCAGUGAGAACCGACUCACGAGUCAUGGAAUUUUUACUAAAUCGUUGGCUUUGACCAAAUAAGUGAAUUUAAGGGGCCUAAUGCAAUGUCUGUAUCUGUAUUUGCAUUUUUAUUUGUUUAGUGCUCAAAAUAUUCAUGUGCUUUGGUCUGACCCAGACUUUUUUAAUGUUGCUCAUACAGCUUUGCCAUAGCAACACUGGAAAACACUGAAGAACCAGGGCUACUGUUUUUUUAUUGGCAAAUGAUAACAAAUAGCAAUUUUCAGAACAUAACUUUAAUCAGCCCCAGAUCCAAAACAUCUUGUGUAACCUUCUGGAUAGAUUUCUAAUAUGACAUUUUUGUGGGCAGAGUUACCAGAUUCUGUGUCUAAUUGAUGCGUAUUGCAGAUAUAGAGUCUCCUCCCAAAGUAUUGGAACAGCAUGGCCAAUUCUUUUUCUUUCUUUUUUUUGCUAUAUACUGAGAAGUGAAAUCAAAAGAUAAUUAUAAGACAAUACAAUUUGCAUCAAAAUUAAGAAUGAGCAAAUAGUCUGAAUGUCUAUUCUUGGUUUGAGCAGACAUGUUGUCAAAAAGGAUAAACUAACAUAAAGUCCAGAGAGCUGUCUAUGGGAGAAAAGCAGGUCAUUUUUUCCAAGAUGAUGGAACAGAUCGAUCAGAGCCACAAACAGAUAUUGAACAGGUUGGCCAAGAAACAGAGAGCUGUAGAGGUAAUGAGAGCUGUAAAGUGAAACCCGUCACCAACAAUAUCCACGGGACAGAGGUGAACCACCAUCACAAACCACCAAUCAAAAACAAAAUUGAGAGCAGAAAUAUAGAUAUUUACCACAUGAUACAAACCACUUAUCAGCAGUAAGAAUCAGAACAUCAGACUUUUGAAUUUGAAAAGAAAUACAGAGAUGAGCCCCAAAGGCAAAAUGAUGGAAAGACCAAAGUGUGGAGAAUGAAAAGAUCUCCUCAUCAGUAUUAUUAUUAUUAUCAUCAUCAUUAGUGGAGGUAGUGUCAUGGCUUGGGCUUGCAUGGCAGCUUCUAGAACAGACUCACUAAUCUUUAUUGAAUUCAGAAUGAAUUCAGAAUUUUACAAGAACAUUCUGUCUGCCAAUUUACAGAUAAAUGCCUCCGAUCAAAUUAGGAGGAACUUCGGGGGGAAACGUGGAAGGUUUUAGAUUGGCCAAGUAAAUCACCAGACCUUAACCCAAUUAACCAGCAUUUCACUUCCUGAAGAGGAGACUGAAAGGCAAAAACAAAUAACAACUGAAAGGAGCUGUGCUAAACCUGAAAAAGCAUCACAAAAUAAGAAUAUAAGAGUUUUGUGAUUUCAGUGUCACCAACAUGAUGAACAAAAGAACUGGCCUUGCUGUGCCAAACGCUUCAGAGGAGAGCAACCUAUUUCCCCUAAAAUGACUGAGAAAAAGAAGACAAAUUCAUCUAUGUUCUCCUAUGCCUCAACAAUUUUGGCUAGUUAUUAUUAUUUUUGUGUGGUUUUUCAAUUGUAGUUGAGGUGUGAAUUUUGCUGAAACCUGGUAACCCUCUUUGGGGUUUGAGUUAAGUGAGAGCUGUUGAGAGUAAAAACCAUGCAGUCAUGCAACUGUUCUGUUGUCUAGCAGGAUCCUAUUGCCUAAAGCUAGCAAGCUAUCCAAAUAGUGUAUUAAUAUUCAGUCAUGCUCCAAUCAUCUGUAAAGGAAUACCUGUACACCAGGUCAUUCAUGCAAUUAUUCGAAGGGUCAAUCAUGUGACAGCAAUGCAAUGCAUAUAAUCAUAUACAAAUAAAGAGCACAAAAUGAGCAUAAAAACUGAUCUCAGUAACUUUAGCAUGAUUGUUGGUACUAUUCAAUGUAAAACAUAAUAAUGCUCACAUUCAGUGAGUGGCUGUUCUUAGUGCAAACGCAUUUUGUUGAUGAGAGAGGUCAGAGGAGAAUGGUCAGCCUGAGUCACGCAGACAGGAAGGAAACAGCAACUAAAAUAAUCACCCAACAACUACGAUGAGCAAAAAUCUAAGCAAGCACAUUCACUAGACCCUGAGACAGAUGAGCUACAAGAGCAGAAGACCACAUCAGACAGGAAAAGGAAUCUGAGGCUAUGGUGGGCACAAGUUCACUAAAACUGGGGCAGUUGAAAAUUGGAAUAAUAUCAGCUGGCCUUUUCCUAUCUUCAAGUGCCUGGUUUCUGCAGAUCUACUGCUCACUGGAUCUAUUUUGGGAGUUUUAUUUUUUCCAACCAAAAAAUAUCUAAAUGAAAAAAAUAACCAGAAUACUGUGUGUGAAAAUUAGAAGAGAUUUUAUAAAAUACUCAUCAACAAGGUGUUUCCACCCUAAGAACAUCCACUCACUGUAGAUGAGCACCUUUACGUGUAACCUUCACUGGCACCGACUGCCAUGUCAUGGCUUGGGUUUAAAUUCCCAACUCCGACAACAUUCUGAGUUUGGUCUGCAUGGUUUUGGUUACGGUCAUCUGUGGAGGUGGUGUUUAAUUCCUAACACUGGAUUUCUGAAACUGUAAGUCCAAUCAAGCUGCAGUUUGUUGUAUUGAAUCAUUUGUGCUAAAAACAGCAGACCGACAUUUCACAGUGUUAGUAUUGAACUGUCAACCAACUUGUACAGUAUGUACAUCUAUAAUACCUUUAGUGCUCUGUGUAACUUGGCAAGAACUGGAUACUGCAUGCAGUAUUUGUGAAGGGUGUUUAGAUUCCAAGAUCACUACAUGUGGCAAUUAUUAUUAUUAUUAUUAUUAUUAUUAUUAUUAUUAUUAUUAUUAUUAUUAUUAUUAUUAUAUGUAAUGUAACAGAAAACCACAGCUACAUACAGACAAUAAGCCUCCAGUUCUUUACUCAUAUAUCAGAAUGUGAAGUCGACUGGGGACUUUUUUGUUUUCAUAAGACACAUAAUGGACCACAAAAUAUACGACAAAGAAAUCAAUACAAUUAGCCUGUGGUUAAUUUUUAAGGGGUCUGAGUUCAUUGUUGUGUUUAUAUAUGGAUAUUAAAUGCUGUCACCAAUCUGAGACCACUUGGAAUGCUAAAACUGACUGUGAAAACACCCAUAGUUUGUCUUUACAGUAUUCAACAUUACAAUAUUUUGAUGGCUAAAGCUGGGUGCAGGACCUCGUCAUUACAAUUUCCAUCAUUUCGACAGAUUCCCAUUCCUCUCCAGAAAUACAGAAACAGUGAGAGGACACUUUGACCUGAUUAGGACAAAAUGUCCAUAUUCUAUCAGCAUGUUUGUUUUCAACUGCUUUUCUUUAUCGAUUGAAAUAGCAGUCAAAAUAAAUAGUGUUUUUCAAAGUAUAAUAUAUUUAAUUGUUUCAUAAAUGUAUGGGUUUUUAGCCUGUAUAAAAAACGAAGAGGUUGGAUUCUACUGUUGGCUGAAUUUUGUUACAUUAUUUAGCCUCUGCAAUAUACAGGCACUAGACAAAGAUUAUUCUAUAACAGCUUCUCUCUAUCUUAUGCUCCAGUAUUGUAGCUUACGCUCAGAACACUUAGCGUCCAACACAUCAAACAUCAAACACUGAGUGAAAGAUAAUCAGAGAGAGGAUGUACAUUUUCUGUUGAUCCCUCUCAGUCUUAUUUGUUUACCACAUUGGUUGUUAUUGGCACAAUGCAGGCAUAUACUGAGUACUGCAAAGUAGUUAGCGAGUGAGCUAAGUGUCAGAUUUCUUUAUGAGAAUUGAUUAGAAUUUCAAUCAAAUGAAGAAUUUUCUAUUCAGAUUCAUUUAAAUAAAAUACAGGUACAAUAUAUAUACUGACACAAACAAAAAAAACAUUAUAUACCACAAACUGUGUGCAUUUCAUAGGUGAAGACAGUAAUAUCCUUAAAUAAAGUUUGUUUAUUCACAGCAAAGUUUAUGUUGAAUAAGAUAUUACAAUUCAGUUUGCUGUGAAAAAAACAGAGGGUAUAUAUAUGUAUUCUUUCCCAAAUGGUUUUCCAUUCAGCUACAUAAAAGGCCAAAGAAAUGAGGAAAAGUGUGUUUUCAUUGCCUUGUGUUGGAUGAUUAUAGCUAGAGCGAGAGACCCUUAACAUUCACUUCAAUCAUUUUUCUUUAAAAGCAUCAAUAUCAUAAAACCCAUUGUCAAAUACCCAUUUUACAAACACAUACAUUUACAUAGACACAUUUUUAUGCACACAGUCAAAUGUAUGUGGACACCACCAGAUAUGCCAUCUAAUUUCCAGAACUAUGGGCAAAAUAACAGUAUAGAGUUUGUUCCCCUAUUUGCUGUUAUAAUAAGCUCCACUCUUCUGGGAGGUGCUUGACCUGUAUUCUGCAGCAUGGCUGAGGGUGUGUUCAUGCAGCUACAAGAUUAGUGAGAUCAGGUGCUGAUGUCAGACGAGGAGGUCUGGGGUUCAGUCGGUGUUCCAGUUCAUCCCAAAGGUGUUCAGUGGGGUUGAGUCAGAGUCAGGGCUCUGUGCAGGACACUCCAGUUCUUCCACUAUAACAUUCGAAAACCUUUAUGGGCUUUGCUUUGUGCACAGGGCCAUUGUCAUGCUGGAACAGUUUUGGGCCUCUUAAUUAAAGUGAAGGGAAAUUGUAAUGCAACUCCAUAUAAAGAAAUUCAAUAAUAAAAUCUGGUUUGGCUUCAAAUUGCAAGUCCAGAUAACUGCAUUCUAAUCAGAUUUGAAAGCACACACAAAUCUGGUUGGCUGUUAAAUUGUGCUUACAUUAGGCGUUCUUUAAAUAGGUAUCUGUUUGCAAGUUCAGAAGCCCUCUUUAAUUUUCGUUUUUUGAAGAAGGUGGACAAGCCAGUAGUUCAGUCUUAUCCUAGGUUUUCUAGGUAAAGACAUAAGACACAAAUUAAUUUAUCCUUAGAACAGCAUUGCAUUAGUUUUACACAUCUUCAAUAAUUCCCACUCUACUAAUAACAAGGAGAAAAUGAUUUAAUAGGCAUUAGACAGACAAAGGACAGAACAGACAGAUGGUUGUACACAAGAAAUAGUACAAGUAUACAAAAAAGAGGAAAGAAAAAGCAAGGGCUUGAGCAGGGGUGUGACAUGUCAUAUUCUACCCCUGUACAUGCAUAAUAUACAUACAAUAUACAGACCAUUAAACAGAGUUGAAACAUGAAUACAGGGUUGUUUAUCCUAGAAAACACUGAGAGAUUUUAGACCCAACGAAGAGGAAUUUGACCUAUUCUGUGGCAAAUGGGGUGAAAGCUUGCCACUUCGAUUUCUUGGUUAUGAUUUAUUUCAGGCUCAUUUUCUUUAAUAUUUAGCUCAAUAGUCCUUGAGAUUUUUCUCUUUUUAAGUUAUAUAACUAUAUGGGAUGACACACAAUUAUUUUUUUUCCUCUCAGUUUGAAAAAAUGUUUGUGGGCUGUGUAAUAAAUCUAUGUCAGAAAUU